CCUGAUUACAUAAAAUCUAUUAAAAAUUAGUUUAAUUGGCAUUUGGUAAAGAAUUAAGAAUUCCCAGCCGACUCCAUCAAUACAUUGACUUUGCAGCAAUCCUUCACCCUGAGCAUGCUUAAAGUGAAAAGCAACAGCUCCAUUUUAACAAGAAGACACCAUCAUAAGGACCAGACUCAGUAUGAGCAUCCAUCUGCUCAUCUGAGCAGAAUGGGGAUUUAAAAGGUGGACCAGAAACACACACACACAAAAAUCUCUCAAAAAAUAAAACUACAGAAGCACCAGAGAAAAGCACAGCUAACCAGGGUCAGCAUUACUGCAAAUAGCUUUAACAGUAACACCUUCAAUGGCUUUGUCCACGAAAGAGAAAAUAGUACAAACAGGAUGAUAAGGAAAGUUGAGUUAUCUAUGACAACGGUAAUUGCAAAUAAUGCAUUAAUGGAGAUAAGAUGGAGAAAAUAGCAGGAUGAGGAAAGCGCUCAGUUUGUCUGCCAGGAGUUUAUAAGCCCAUAGCAGCAUAACUACUUCAGAAUAACCUGAUUCUCUGAGUGAUGAAGUAGUUAAGGUUUUAAGACUAGUUUUCAAAGCGCCCGGUAUCUCUACAACAUAGGAGCCAUAUGGUAACUAAAAGAUCUGGCUCCCAUUAUACUUCCAGAAACUCCAGGACCCACCAGUGAAUCUGUAGUAUGAGAGUGAAGUGGUCUGAUGGGAACAUAUGGGACAUGAUUAGUCGGAACCAUGAAACUAAGUAAAAAUAACUCUAAACAAAAUUAUAUUUAAAAAAAAUAGAUGAAUAACUAUACAAUUAAAUAGUAUAAAGGACAAAAUGAAAUAAUCAGGAACAGAUAAAAUAAAAAUAAAAAUAUUUUAUACUAUCUGACAUUCACGGAGGGAGGCGCGCAGCGCGUUCACGGCAUCGCCUGGACAAGCGCGCCUCCAUCCGUGACAAUCAGCUGUAUCUUCCUCUGCGGCCACAUCAGCAAGGAUAACGGAUAAGAUGUCAGGAAUGAAGCAGCUGGUUGCCACAUGCUGGACCUGCUUGCUGCUCUCCGCCUUCCUGUGUGAGCCUGCGCUCUCCAAAGGAGGUCGUGGAGGCUCCCGGGGCUCCUCUCGCGGAUCUCCAGCGCGGAGCUCCGCAGCGGGUACCUACCGGGGAGGAGGAGCCUACGGCGGGACGCGCUCUCGGCUUAGGGCCGCUGGUCGGCCGUCCCCGGUGAGGGUGGCGAGCGCUGCUGCGGCCGGAGCCGCGGUGGCCUUAACGGCGGACAAAUGGUACGCGUCCGCCUACCGCCGCAGCAACACGGACAGCUCCGAGGAGGAGCUGGAUUACUACAACAGGACCAAUUACUUUGAUGCACUAAUGUCAAGCUCAACCCAGAACGGAUCCUUUCUCUCUAAUGUUGUUCAUGUUAUUAUUGCAACAUUUUCCACAAAGUAUGGACUCGUGUUGGACUUUAUACUGUAGAUAUGCACUCCACAUUUUAGGAUAUAUUUCUGAUCCUAAGCCCAGAGUGGAAGGACUUGGUCACAAAUACAUUACUGUACUGUAUGUAUUUACACACAAAGUCAUUUUAUACCAGUGGACAGCAACAUUACCAGCAUAGUAUUCCCUCUAACAAUUCACCUGAUGAAGAGUGCACCAUGCAAAAUGUUCUGCUACAGAAAAAAAAUGAAAAGAUCCAAAUUCAACUGUUUUCUUACAGUUGUAACUAUACUGCCAAUUUUCUUUUUACAAAAGUAAAUUUUUUAUGGUUCUAAAGGAAGGCAAGGUGAGCUCAGCUCCAACGCUCUGUACCCCACCAACCAAUUUAUUGUUGUACAAACAGAUCCAAUGAUCCAAUAAUAAAACCUCAACUUGCUGGCACAUGAAAAACAGACUGAAAUCAAGCUGGAAGCAGCUUAAUCCUGUCUGAAAGUAAAGCUGCUAAUCUUUUCUCCUACUGAAUGAGAACAUUUACACUUUUAAGUCCCUUUGCUUUCCUGCACAAACAUAAUUUCCACACAGAGUUUUAGGUUCCUGUUUCAGAUAAUUUAUGUCCUAGAGAAGCAUUUCCUCCAUUUCCUUUCACCAUGUUGUUUUACAGCAUCUUGGGUUUUGACAUGUGGCACACAUACAUUAAUUAUAUAGCAGACCUCUUGCUCUUUACAUUUACUCCUUUCAUUUUUUCCUCUUGUGUUCAACCUCCCGAAGGGUCUCUCUCAGGAGCAACAGACUGUUCCAUAGCUACAAGUGCACUCAAUUGUACUCUGCAACACUUGUGUAUUUAUUAAAUAAGGGUUUGUAAUCACUGUCUUUCUGCUAAUAAAUAAACUGUUUAAACCA